AUGGAUCUUUUAAAAAAACAGUUUCUACUGUGGCAAACUCAAAUUGAAAAAAAAAUUCCGUGUCAUUUUUGCGGUGCUAAAUUGUCAGAAAAAAUUUUUUCCUGUGAGUUUGGACAUGAUUGCUGUCUCUCCUGCAAAACCCAAUCGUGUAUGGCUUGUCCCAAUUCAAAUCCAUUUCUUCGGAAUCAUCUUUCUGAAUUUUUGAUAUCUCAAUUCAACAAUUUAAAGAGCUGUGUUGAGCAACUGGAUAUUUCAGCGAUUAACCCGAAAAAUGAUAACAAAAAUUCUUCGAAAGUUAACAAGGCCACUGAGACUAAUAUAGAACGUCAUAACAAAAUGUCGAUGGCUACCGAAAAAGAUAUAAAUAUAUUUUCUGGAAAUAAAGCUUCAGCUGGAACAAAACCCACUGUCAAAUCACCAGCAAAUGGUUCAAUUAAAGUUUCUGAUGGUAAAUUGAUAAUUCAAGCAAAUUCCGAUUCUUUAAGUGAAAAUUCAUACUCAUGCUGGAUUGGCACUUGCAACUUUAGAGGAAUUUAUGAAGAUAUUCUUAAGCAUAUGAAAGCUAAUCAUUCUUCAGUAUUUACUUCACAUGAAUUAAAAGGAUGGCCGCAUAUAAUGAAUUUGCAUUUGAAUUACACGGGACCGGAUAGUCGUCAAGACUACGCAUUUGAGCUCCAAGGUAUUGGAUUGUUUGUUUUACACAUAUCUGUGAGUCCUAAGGAAAAUAUGAAAGCUCACGUUUUAAUGUUUGAUUCUGCAAAAAUUGCGGCUCAAUAUGGCUUCAAUGUUGAAAUAAAAUGUGACGAUCAAAAAAAAUCAUUUAGCGCAGUGGUCGACAGUAGCCGUAUGCCGCGUAGAAACCUUCAAGAUGUCGCCAAAGGCUUGUUCAUAAACGAAAAUUCACUUCUGCUCAAUACAAUUAAAUUAAGAAUGAACUUCAAGUGUGUCCUUGAGAUCAACACAUUCAACAAAUCAAUUUUCAACGGAAUCCUCGACUCCAGUCUUAGAAACUCUGAUCUUCAAAAAAAGCCGAGCAAUGAUCAAAAGCCAAGAUUAUUUUUAAACAAACCAAACUUCAAACCCCGCAGAAAUUUCAACUACGCUAAAAAUCAAUCAAGCAUGCCAGCAUUAUUAGAUUUGAAGGUUCCUAAUCCUCCUGUUACUCCUGUUACUCAACCGCAAGUUCAGCCUACGCCUCAACCUGCCGUGGAUUCCCAGCAGUUAAUGAUGUUAUUCGAACAAAUGAUGGUUAAUUACACUCAAAAGAUGACACAGAGUAAAAUUCAAACUCCUCAGGCUCAGCAGAGCUCAGUUAUAAACUCAAGUUCGAUUUUACAACCAUCUACUGUGCAGACACAAGACAAAAGUCCGCAAAAAAUUGUUGAAGAUCAAGCAAGUGCUGUUAAAAAUCCAGUUACUGUUCCGGCUCAAUCUUCACAGCUUCAAGACCUUCUUAUUUUUGAUGAAUCAAACAAGUCAGAAGAUUCUACUUUAAAUAAAGUCCAGACUCCAAGUCCAACAGCAGAAACAACAACAGUUGACGAGUCUGAAGAAACCAAGCAAGAAGAAAGUGACUCAAAGCCGAAUAAUGACUGCAAAAUUAACUGA